CCCGCGGGCUUCGCGGCGGGCGGCGAGACCAGGCCUCGCUCCCUGGGCGGCCGACGCGAGGCGAAAAAGAAAGGGCCCCAUCGCCACCACUACCACCACCACCAACAACAACAACAACCACCAACAACAACAACAAUCACAACAACAACAGCAGCAGCAGCAUCGUCGACAUCUUCACGGCGCGCUCGCCAUGGAAGUUACGGGAAGGAGACGGAAACGAAAGUCACCCAGUUCCAAACUUCGCAAAAGCAAUGCGUUUGCCGAGGAGAACAGCGCUGCCAGCGACUUGGAGUACCCAAUGCAGCAGGAGAAGCACGUGGCAGUGGAUAGCGAGGCUUCGCGAUGUCUCGCACUAGACGAGGCGAUGGCCAAUGGUUCUGGACGUGUUCACGUUUUUCCUUCAGGUGACGGCACAGAGGAAGGCAGCAUCAACAAUGGAAACAGCCACCAGCGCACCAUUUCCAGUCAACCUUCUGCCCACCCUUCAAAGGCUGAUGCCAGCCGACAACAGAGCAGGGCUGAUCAAGACUUGACUGCCAUGUCUGGAAUUCCUGCUCAGCCGAAUCCAAAUGACAUCAAAACAGAGCCCGAAGAGGACAAUCAAUCUGGCGUGCUUUGGGAAAACCCAGAAGACAACAAUGGCCUUCAUUUGUCCACAACAGAUGAUGUUGAAUUUCAUCAGUUGUCUAUGCUAGAAUCUUUGGCAGGCCACUGGAAUGAUGAUGGCAGCAGGAACCAGCACCUAAUACCACAGUCCUUCACCAACAGCUCCACCGGCAUCGCAUCCAGUCCCCGAGAGAACUCAGACAGAGAGGCUGUGUGCGAUACGCAUGACCUCAGCGUGCACCGUUGUAAAUGUUCAUGUGAGCCUCUGCUGCACUCCAUUCUGCAUGAACUGAAGAGCAUCCGUGAACUCAUGCAGUCACAGACAGCUGCCCACCCAGACGUGUGCAACGCAGCCGUUCAAACAAACGCAACGGCGGACUCCUCCUCCGGCAGGGUCGUGUCUGGUGGUCACCUCAUCGUCAUCUCCGGCGGGCCGGCCCCAAGGCUGGCGGCGACGUUGGCGCCCGGCCAGAUGCCCACCCCGACCUCCUCCACGCAGCUGUGCUCCAGCAGCAUGGGCCUGACCAACGGCUCGCCGGGCACGCCGCUGAAAGCGCCGCAUGGCAGAAUCGCAAGUGCCGUAGGUCACGCACCGCUUUCGGCCGGAAACGGCUCCCGGCCGACCGCCCUCCAGUGGCGACGGGGCGGCUUUCAAAGUGGGGAGUUGCCCCAUCUGCCCAGGCCAUGCACCACCAUCACCACUGCCGCCACCUUCUCCGCGAUCGAUUCAGGCCGCGUCGGCGGCAAGGGCCUCCGGCACCAGCCGGCGAUCAACAGGGCCGGCUGCCUGGGAUUGAACCUGAGUAGACACGGUCAGGUUCAAGUGCUCGGUGUCGAUGCUGGCGCUGCCAUCUUCCCGCAGGUGCAUGCCGGCGGGCUCGAUCGGGGCGGCGGUCGAAUGGCACACUCGGAGCAGGCGCCCUUAGGGCAGGCGCUGCUGGGAGGCGGCGCUCCAGGGACUGCCUGCCGUCUCCCCGACACGCAGUGCCGACAAGCCUCCAAGAUUAGGAUUGAGAACGUGAAGACGUUGGUGAUGGCGGCGGCUGCGGGGCCGAUGGCGGGACCGGCGGGGUUAAUGGCACAGGGCGGCAAGAAGGCCGUUCCGGCCGGGAAGCACACAAUCCUAAGCAGGGCCGAGCAAGGCACCAGCAGAUCCGUCGAUUCGAUGGAGAGGCCCGGCCCAAAUUCGGCAGGUCUGGCCACCUCUACUCCUAUAUCACCAGUCGGGAUCCAAGAAAGGAACAGCAUUGCUUUGGAAAGUCCUGGUAACCCUGCGUUGGAAAACAGCCUGAAAGAUGGUGGCCACUUCACCGAAAACUGCUUCUACUCCCUGGGCCACUCGCCGCAGAGUGACUCCACAGAUCUCGCCGUACAGCUGGCCGACGGCUACAACGUCUUCAUGGCGCGCUCGCAGCUCGAGGAGAUCCUGAUGCACUACACCCGCUCGGGCAGCCUGCUCUUCCGCAAGCUGGUGGCCGCCUUCUUCGACGACCACACGCUCGCCAACUCGCUACCCAACGGCAAGCGCAAGCGCGGCUUCAACGACCCCCGCAAGGGCCUGGAGCCCAACAUCGUGGCCGCCAUCCGAAGCUUCACGGAGAGCUACUGCGAGAAUAAAAAGAUAAUGAAGCUACCAGGACCGAAAGAUUGGGUGCAACUCUUGCAGGACCAGAUAAAGCUGGCUCGUCGCCGCAUUCGCAGAGUGCCUACACACAACAUGAGGCUGCAGGACGCGGCAGAGGCGUUUAAAGAAGAGAAAGUGAAGUUGGAAUGAAGGGAGUCAUCGGCGCUUUAGACCACCCGGCACUGUGAACAAAUUUAACACUCGCAGACAAUUCACUUUGCAAAAAGGGGGACAGCUCUGCUUUCUUACUUUCUCAAAAAGUUCAGAGGUGGUGUUGUGUAAUGUUUACAGUUUUUUUUAUGAGUGUAAACACUGGAUAAGAGGUUUGAUUUUUAAUCAGAGUUCUUUGUAAAUAAACACCAACACAAAAAACUAGCGGAGGGUUUUUUUUUUGUUAAGUUUUUUUUUUCAAAGAACCCCCAUCGCUUCCCCCGUCACACGACAAGCACUCAUUUUAUAGACGACAUUGGUCAAACAUCCAGCUGCAAAAAAAAUCCUGGAAAAUAGAGAGAAUCCUGCACUCGUUGAUGCUUUCCAUUAUAAAUAUAUAUUUGAUUACUGGGUAAUUAAUAUUUAAUAAAAAGGUGAAUUUUAUUUUAAAAAAUUGGUUGCACUGCAGACUAAUGCCAACCCGAAGCCAGAAUUUUGUGGCGCUUACGUGCGCUCGGCUCUGCAAGAAUUGCAGAAUCGUUGAACUGGGUCCUGAAGUUGUAAAUCGACAUCAGUGUGGGCAUAUGCUAUCGUCAUCUUUAGCCCUGUUCUAUCCACUGCUGGAUGAAAAGCUCCCCCCAUCCCCUUCACCCCCCCCCCCCCCCCCCCACUGCCACUCCCAUCACCAGUCUUCUUCACUGCCAUCAACCCAUCUGGCAGUGUGACACGCCCAAGGCCAAUUGUCCAAACGGUCACUUCGCUUUGUCCUCUCAUCCAUGUUGCUGUGGCCCUCUUUUGGUCUUGCAAUGUAAUUUCCAGAUUUUCCAUUUUUCUGUGUCAUUGUCCACGUUCCUGUUCCCAUAUGUUGAUAGCAGGGAACUGGGACUGAUUGUAAAACCUCCUUCUUUAGGCACAAGGGAUUGUUGCUCUCCGUUGUCACGUUGUGUUUCACUGGCAUUUCCAGCCUGCCCUUGCUUGUAUUUAAUUAUCGUGAUACAUUUUGUGGGUCCCAUGCCGAACACCGCAAUAGACUAUGCAGAUGCGAGACCUGGCGAGAGAUAAUGGAGCAGAUUGCCACCACGAUUAUUUGUACGAGACCUUUGGGUGUCUGGUCGUAAGAUAUAUUAAGUCUGACCACCCGGUAGCUAUUUAUAUCCCAUUGCCACUGUUGUGGACUCCAAAUAUUGAAAAUACCUGCUGAGGAUGCCUCAAGGACCCUAACAUAACACCCAAGUUCGGUGUCCUUGACGUGGCCGUUGGAGCAUUUCUCCUCUAAAGCGAGUGUCAUGCGCCGCUGCUGCUGUCGGGAUUUUCAGAAAUUGAAAAUGUAACGGUUAAAAAUAAAUACAGCAGCUGUGAAAACGUACGUGUUAAACGAGACGGAAAGCUCUGAUUAUGUUUGUUUUUAAUCGAGAACCUCUUGUGUAUCCUGAUGGAAACUGUGGAUGUGCCAGUUCGGGUUAUUGUGGAUGCGGUUGCUGGUGGUGGCACGAAGCUGCCUACGAUGGCGGCGAUGCUCUUUAGAUGCUGGUAAUGGUGUCGGUGCUGUUAACGAUAUAGGGGCGGUAGUGUAGCGGGUAUUGUAGCGGUUAGUGCACUGCGCUACGAAUCCGGUGACCCAAGUUCGAUUCUCACUCACGGCCAAACCCAGUGGCGAUUUUCUGAACCGGUCCUGGGCCUCUCCUAGGUCGACUCGACCUCAAAUGAGUACCUGGUGCAGUUUGUAAAUAUCGCCACUCGGGAGAUAAAGGCAGCCGAGCGUGGUACUGGCCACCCACCCCCUCGUGCGCCGUGCUGGCCUGCAAAGGUGCUCGCUAACAGUACUUGCCCCUAAAGUCUGUCGAGGCUAUACGGGGGAUCCUUGGCUUUGCUGUUAUCGAUAGUGCUUCUAAAUGAUGGUGGCGCUGGUGCUCGCAUCGAAUGAAGCUGCUCAGUCGGCCCGUUUCGUGAAUUUCUGACGAUGUGUUGUGUACACGGCCGAUUCUCCGGGGUCACCGUGUAAUUGGCUCGCUCUUUUAUGCCAAGACAAAUCACGAGACGUUUAGCAACAAAUGCAAGCCUCUUGCCAAAAGUGGCGCAUUGUCUCCAUCCCGCUCCCAAACGUCAAUGUAAACAUUUUUGGGGUUUUCUUUUAGGCUUGCAGAGAGUUGCCGUAUUUCCAGGCUAUAAGACGCUCCUUAAACUCAUGUUUCACCACCAAACGCGUGUGUCCGGUUCAAAAUUUGGAUACCCACACCGACCGGGCGCACACCCAACUUUGCUUUGGAAUACCGGGGGUGGGGGGGCAUCUUAUAUUAUCCAGAAAAUACUUUCGUUAUUUUACUUGUUACGGGCAAGUGGUGAAGCAGUGUCGGAGCAAUUUCGUCCAAUGCUAGAGGCCGAGCACGUGCUAUUAUAGCAGUGGUGACACAGACGGUGGCACAGCACACAGUUGGCAUCGCUGUUUGUAAAUAUUGCUCGGUUUAGUAUCGGUCCAUUGCCAUUGUCUUACAACAUUGUCAAUGUUAUAAACGUCGCGGCGAUCACGAGUCUUGAAGAGUUAUUCAUAUCUACGGCCGCACGAAAGAUUUUGGACGCAGCGGGAACUGCCUGUUUGCGAUCUCGCAACAUCGCAUCCCCAUGUCACAGUGUUCAACGGAGAUGGUUUUAGAGGAGACACGGCUCUGUGAUCCUCCCAUAAAAAACAACUGUAGUGCCAUUCACUGUAAGCAUUGUGUGUGUAUAUAUAUCCAAUGCAGUGUGUAGCAUAUUCCGCUUCUGAGAAUCGGAAUACUUAAGUGUGAGAAUACUUUACCUGAAAGGUAUACUUCGUGCGUUCGCUGCGUUAUUAACAGUACAGUAUUUUUUAGACUCGAAGAUGAAGCCAGCCCCCCCCCCCCCCCUCUAUUUUUGAACCUUUUACAGUCAAUCGAUGGCUGAAUGCUGUUUCAAAUGACGCGUGCACCUUGUGGGUUUAAUCAUUCUCGCUACAAUUCACGCGGCGGAGGCCCCGCCCGGCAUAGCUAGUUCAGUUUUCUCGCUCGUGUGAUGCCAUCAUCGUUGAAAAUAUGACGAGGUGUAACUCUGCAAAGUGUGUAUUUAUUGUCAAAAGAUGUUUUAUCGCAGAAUUGUUUUCAACGCUGAGUUAAAAAUUCUUCGACAUCUUGGCCAUUGACAAAAUUUGAGGCGCGGGCCUUUUUGAACGGGUCAUAAAAUGAUGCGAUGUACUUUUCUUUAUUUUUUACGAGAAGUGCCCCGAAGUUGUCCAGUGCCCUAUGAGGGUCAAAGUGAAGCAUCCAAUCUUUGUUUGCGAACGGAAGUGUGAAUCGCAAUGUCUUCUUUUGAGCAACAUUCCCCCGAAACGCGCACACUUUGCGCAUUCUACAGGAGUUAACUGCACGCAGACGCACUCAAGAGGCGCGUGUGCGCAUGAAUUCGGUUUCAUAGCAAGGAAAAUAACCUCGGAAAAUGGUCUCUUAAACUGGGAAAUCAUACAUGGCUACUAACAUCAUUACGGUCCAUAUUUUGAUUGGAAGGAGGCCAUUAUUAACGUGGAUUGCAGAGGGUCGUGGUACUUUGAGGACAAAUUAAAUGUGCUUUAUUAAGGCGACGAUGUUGCGUAGGUAAUUCAGUCAAGCUAUUUACGUGCCGUGUUGAAAUUUGGAGCACUUUCCUUCGGAGAUAUGUCAGGCCCUGUAUUAUUAAUAUAGAACAGUAUAAUAUAAAUGUAGACGCAAUAGACUGCUGUGGCUGAGGGCCUGUUUACAAAGACCCUCCCCCUGCUGUUUGUCAGAUGAAGAGUGACUUUAUGUGCAUCUUCGGGUGUGAAUUGUGAAAGGAUACGCAUUGCAUUUUGUUUUUGUAAACUUGCCAAUUUCUAUGAAUACCUUGCACCUUCGCCAUCAGCUUCAAAAUGCAAGCAUUUAAAAUGUGUAGGGCCAAAUGUUCAAGUAUUGAAAACUGUGAACAGAAGUUUGGAGGUGUCUGGUUCCUGGGGAGGGAGACGACUUAUAAUUCUGCACUGCUGAUAAACGUGUCCCUAUUUAACAGCGCUCGGGAAACUUAACGUUACUGUUUUUGAUUUUUGAAAGUAAACAAUGUUGUGUGUGCACCUCCCAUUAAGAGUUUUGCUUUCCUGAAAUUUCUAUAACUUGUAUACUACCAGCUUAUAAACGGAAAUCUGUUUCUAUGAAAAGUUUCAAUGAAAAUGCCCAAUUCAUUUCUAUGUCCAAAUAUACUUUUGUUCACUUCCGA